CGUGUCAAAACCCACCGCCACCAGCGACCCACCAUCACACCACACCAACCCAUUACUCCUCCCCUGCUGAGUGUUGGUGGGCGAGACUUUAGCACUCCGUAGAGGCACCCUUGAGGCACACCACCCCAGACACACCGCCAAGGGGAGGAACUGCAGAGGGAGAUAGGGCGGCGUGAAGAGGCACCCCCAGUCGCCACCAUGUCCAUCCCUGACAAGUCCUGGCAGCCUCCCUACGUGGUAUUGGAAACCUCGAUGGGUGACAUCACACUGGAGCUGUACUGGAAACACGCCCCCAACACUUGCCGCAACUUUGCCGAGCUGUCCCGCCGCGGCUACUACAAUGGCUGCAAGUUCCAUCGCAUCAUCCGGGACUUCAUGAUUCAAGGCGGCGACCCAACAGGCACAGGGCGAGGUGGGGCGUCUAUAUACGGGAAGCACUUCAAUGACGAGAUACAUGAGGAACUGAAGCACACCGGGGCGGGGCUGCUGUCCAUGGCCAACGCGGGGCCGGACACUAACGGCUCCCAGUUCUUCCUGACCCUGGCGCCGACACAGUGGCUGGACAGCAAGCACACAAUAUUCGGUCGAGUAUCUGCCGGGAUGCAGGUGGUGAAGCGGAUGGGGCUGGUGGAGACUGACAAUGGUGACCGGCCAGUGGAUCCCGUCAAGAUCAAGCGAGCGUACGUCAAGAUGCACUGACACUGACGGCCUUGGUGCAGCGGGGAGGAGGUGCGGCAAGUGAAUGAAUGUACAAACAGUUUCUUGACUUGGUGUUGUGUUAGUCGUUGGUUUUAGUGGGAGAGAUUAGUAUGACAUUAUGGAGACGUGUGGCAGGGUCUAUUAUGAACAUGCCUGCCUAUUUCCACCUAUUAUCGCUAUUUAUAUAUUUGUCUAACCUUUCAAAAGCUCCCAAAUGACUCAAAACUAACAGCCUGAUUUCUGAGUCCAUUACAUUCAUCUAUUACUCUAAAAAACAAUUCCUUUUUAUCUUAAACCUCUUAAUGAGUCUAUUCCAUUCAUUUAUUACUCUGAGAACCAAUUUAUUACAAUCUCUUCUUUAUAUUAUAUCUAAACUCUAUCAAGCUUAAACCCAGUAUGAAUCUAUUUCAUUUAUCUAUUACUCAGAGAACCAGUUUAUUACAAUCUUUCCUUUAUAUAUCCAACUCUAUCAAGCUUAAACCCAGUACGAGUCUAUUUCAUUUAUCUAUUACUCAGAGAAACAAUGUAUUAUUAUCUCUUGUUUAUAUCUACUGUAUGAAGCUUGAGUGCAUUGUUUCUUGUGUCCUAUGAGAAGUGAAGGAGGUUGUGUGUUGGAAGGGAUGCCGGCUGUCUCUAUGGUCAGUGUCUGGUGUGUGUGCUAACUGCAUCAUUUUACUAUCACAUUGCUUUAUUUAUUUCAUUGUAUAACUUGCCAAAUAUGAGUGUGGCAUCAAGACAAGAAGAAAAGUAGAUGAAUAGAUAACAAUACAGAAAUACAGUCAAAUAAUAAUAAAAACAAUUGACAUUUUUAGAAUAAGAUUUGAAAUGUUUGAUAUAAGCAUAAUUUCAUGAGAUUUGAUAUAAAAUGUUGCCAAUGUA